CUUGCAAUUCUGCUCGGUAUACUUAUUCCUUGGUGCUCUCCCCUUGAGUUGUAUAAAUAUGAGGGGCUGGGAAACACUCUUCAGUGAGGAGACAACAUUGAACAGCACGACUUCUAGCAACUGCACAACGUGUAAACGUUUUAUUCACACACUGAAGUAGAAGCUCUCUCUUUCCAUGGCCACAAUGGCGUUAUUGACGUCAAUCUGCUUACUGACGUCACUUCCUGUGUUGUACGCCAUGAGCCUGGACACGAAAAACGUCACAUCUGAUGACGUCGCAUCGGGCGCUGGAAGUCUGGAAAUGAGGAAGUUGCGUCACGUGGAGGCAGAGCUCGAGGUGUUGAGGAGAACAGUGACGGAAAUCAAAGCUGGUGUUCAGUGCGGUUCACAGAGUCCACAUGCAAACGUGUUGCAAGAAGUGACGAGCGAAAUACAAGCGCUCCGUUCACAGUUUCAAGGUCUGCAGUUGCAAAGAGAGUUGUCCGUCCUGCGAUCAGAUCUUCUUCUCGCCCAGUCGGCCAUGCCGGCGGACACCGGAAGUAAGCCUGUGGGCAGAGCACCGCAGAUAGGAGCCGUGUACGAGCGCUGGGGCAACAGUGGCUGUCCUAAUGGCACACAGCUGGUUUAUUCAGGUCUUAUUGGCGGCUCAUAUUACACUCACACCGGAGCAGCCGCCAACGCUCUGUGCUUGCCCUUGAACCCUGUCUUAGAUAACAACCCCGGCGCGAGCGAUCUCACUGGUAUCUAUGGAGCUGAACUCCAAGUCACCCCUCUUCCCAGACAUAACUUUGACCCCCUAUGCGCUGUAUGCCGCAGCCCACGGGCGACAAUCCUCAUGGUACCCGCUGCCAGUGCUUGCCCCUCUGGAUGGACAGUAGAGUAUUCCGGGUACUCAUGCAGGCACUCCAAUCACGCUGCAGCGACAGAAUACAUUUGUGUCGACAGAGAGCAGCACACGCGCACUGGGUCCCACAAGGACGACGACGGCAAUGUCUUUUAUUACGUCGGUGCUGUGUGCGGUAGUCUCCCUUGCCCACCUUAUGUAAGCGGGAAAGUGCUUCCUUGUGUCGUCUGCUCCAAGUAACGAUCAUACACAUGCAGGAUUAAUGUAAAUGGGUCACAUUACACAUUUGUAUAUUGUAUACUUCAAACUCGGUCUUGUUAGCAACAUUUGUAUUUCUGUCCUAGCAAAGCAACCGAGUCCUUAACUUUGUUUCCUUUCUUUUAGAUAUGGGCGAUCAUCUGCCAUUUCUAGCAAAUAUUUAAGUAGUGGAACUCAUUUACUUUACCACACACACGUACAGACAAAACUAGCUGGAAACGGUAUUUUAAUCACCAUCAGUCGAGACUUCCAUGACAUCGCCUUGAAGAACACACUAGCCGGACUGCUUCAGACUGGGGUAGACGUUCACGGGUAGACGUACCAAGGCAGUGGCUGGUCGACCCCACCGUACCACAGUCCAGUUGUGGUCAUUUCAGAGAACGGCAGGAAAUCUUCGAGAAGGCGAGUAGUUACCGUCAGUUGCCUCAUCUCCCAGUAACCAAGGGCAACGUAGCCGAGUGGUGCUACCAGCCAGCGCAAAGGAACAGUUCGUGUUCUGGAAGCUUAUCAGAUUCCGAGGUUGUGAGCUGUAGGCCAAGAAAGGACCGCGUGUACGGACCUAUGUAUAUGUAUUGACGUAAGACCUAUCUUCCAGCUUCACUAGUCUGUAACCAUCGAUUAUCGCGCUGAUGCCGGGUAGCUUUAAGUAGUUAUAUACAUGUUCAAUUUCAUACUGAUUUCAUGUCAACCUAAUUUUGCUUUUCUUGUGUUUAAAUAAUAAUUUUAUACGUUGUA